ACCCGGAAACAGGAGCAGCGUGGAGAGUCAGCCCAGCAGUGGCUAACAACUUUAGCAUAAAACCGUGUUGAAUGUUAUAUUAACAACAUGGAUAACACCACAGAGGGGACGUGGGAGAGUUUACCCGUAAAACUCAACGAGGGGAUUUUACAAACGCUCGAGGAAGUGAAGUUCACGCACAUGACACCUGUCCAGGCUGCUUGUAUCCCGCUGUUCAUGAGAAACAAAGAUGUGGCUGCUGAGGCGGUGACUGGGAGCGGAAAGACUCUGGCUUUUGUCAUUCCUAUUAUUGAGCUGCUCCUGAAGAGAGAAGAGAAGCUAAAGAAGAUGCAGGUCGGCGCCCUGGUCGUCACUCCCACCAGAGAACUGGCUCUUCAGAUCAGUGAAGUGAUGAAACAGUUCCUUCAAAAAUUCCCACAGUUUACGCAGAUUUUACUGAUUGGUGGCACCAACCCCAUAGAGGAUGUGGAGAAGUUCAAGGAACACGGGGCACACAUAGUGAUUGCGACACCGGGCCGUCUGGAGGAUAUGUUCAGGAGGAAGGCUGACGGUCUGGAUCUGGCCAGCUCAGUGAAGGGUCUUGAUGUGCUGGUUCUCGAUGAGGCUGAUAGACUACUCGACAUGGGGUUCGAGGCCAGGUACUGA